AUGGCACCGGUUGAACCCCCUCAGCUACGUUUUCUCUCCCAGUCAGCCAACUUGCUGGCCUCCAGCAGCCCCUCGACGGCUGCGCAUCUCCUCACAGCCCAUACUGGUCUCCUCCAUAAGGAGGGAAAGUCACUUAAUGCACGCCAACAUAAGCAUCACUGCGCAGGCUGUGGUGGUCUCAGGGACCAGAAAUCUCUAUGUUCUCAAACUACGAAGAUCAAGUAUAGGUCAAAACCUCAGGCAUUAGCCACUGUCUAUAAGUGUUUGCGCUGCAAUCAACGUGCUGUCAUCCCAAGCAAACGGCCGGCCUCAAAAGCCGCUGCUCGUAUUGCUCCAUCUUCAGCUACAGCUCUAGCUGCAGCUACAGCUGCCAAUGCCGCUUCACCACAUCCUGAGACAUCUAUUCCAAAGUCUUCUAUGCAGCAGAUUCCUCCAUCUACUGGUCCAGGUCCGUCUGAAAAGAGUGGCGAUAACGUCAACAGCAAGAGACGAGCCAAGGCGAGAAAGCAAGGCGGCCUCCAAGCCUUACUGGCCUCUAAAAAGAGCACGCAACCCUCGCUGGACUUGCUCGACUUUUUGCACCUCUGA